GACCGCGCUUAGGGCCUUCGGUGCGGUGGUCGUCGUCGCGACGAAAAUCACCGCUGUCGCUGCGGUGGCCAUUCCUGUCACCAGCAUUUUAAUUAAAGUGGACAUACUGGAGAAGGGUGGCGGCUGUUAAGCAGGACGUGGCGGACGUCAAGAAGAUGGUGUACCAGUCCUGCUCUGCGGGAAGCACGGCAUUUUCAACCUCUAAGGCGCUGCUGAGCAUGGUGUACGGCUCCACCUUCCUGCUCGACGACCGUGUGGAGGACGUGGCGGUCUCGGCUGCCAGCAGGGUGGUCAAGUGGGAGCCGCGCAUCGGCCACAAGAUUGCCUGCUCCCAGCGCGUCGCCGACGAGGUGGUGCGCCUGUGCGAGGCGUCGGGUGGCAGGCAGGGGCGGCGCUCGCACGGGCGCACGCCAUCAGUGGAAGCGGAGCAGGCCGGGCGUUGGGGGUGGUCGUGGUGCGGGGGCGGGGCGGGCGCCGAGUCAGCGAUGCGGCUGUUUGAGGAUCUGUCGGCGCUGGUGGCAGUGCUGGCGGGCGCGUGGGGGGCCGCUUCCGGCAAGGAGUGGCAGAUGGGCCGCCUGCCUGAGGGGCUGAUGCAGCACAUGGUGGUCGUGGCGUCCGCGUACGAGCAGCAGGUAGGGGCCCUGGCCCGAGCAGUUGCGGCGUGCAUGUGUGUAGUGGAGGCCGGAGGGACCGAGCAAGGCCACGUAGAGGAGGACAGCGCAGCGUUGCCCAAGAAGCGGCGCCGGCGCGCAGGUUGACGCCGGCCGGAGUCUGGUAAGCGGUCUAUGCUAUGUACCGGUAUGUGGUAGGCUGCAGCGGUGAGGAGUGUUGUGGCUAGAGGGUUUCCUGCUGUUUGGUUGAUUGCUGGCUGUGCUUGCGCUUGGCAGCGGGACCUGGCUGGACGCAUGGCUUGUCCGAACCAACCCCGGCUUUGUCCGGGAGAUGAGUGAGUAGCUUGCGGCCUCAGACUGGACGCGUGGCGUGGGCUCAGCCUACUUUGCAGUCUUUUCUUUUGCGAGGGAAAACCACCUUUGUUGUUUCUUGUUCAUGCCGUCUUGGAAGGUGCACUGGAAGUGUGUAAUUGGCAGAUGAAAUGAUGGAGUGCUGGAAUGGGGCUCGGAUGGGAGAGGUUUGCAGUAGUUGGACAAUCUACAAGGUGGACCAAGUGGUUGUACUAGAUCAAAGGCGAUGACGAGCCGCGACAGGAGCAAUGCAGCCGAACAGCCCCGAUAUUGCUGCCAAGAUUGCCCUGACUGCUGACCUGCCUGGGGGUCUCGACAGGCCU